CUGACAGUUGUAUUACUGAAAAUGGUAAGUGACACAUCACAACUUUUAUUUUAUCAAGAUCUACUACAAGAAAGUAAUUUUAUUUUAUUUGACAGAAUAUCUAUUUAUAACCAUAAUUUUUUAUUAAAAAUAUUUCUAUGUAGAGUGAUUAUAUUUAGGUAUGGCUGGGUCAGCACUAAGGAGACUCAUGGCUGAAUAUAAACAACUAACAAUCAACCCACCAGAAGGUAUUAUAGCUGGACCUAUAAAUGAGGAAAAUUUUUUUGAAUGGGAAGCUUUAAUAACAGGACCAGAAGGAACAUGUUUCGAAGGUGGAAUAUUUCCAGCAAAAUUGGUAUUUCCCACUGACUAUCCACUAAGUCCACCAAAGAUGCAGUUUACAUGUGAAAUGUUUCAUCCAAAUAUAUACGCAGAUGGUAGAGUUUGUAUAUCAAUCCUUCAUGCACCAGGUGAUGACCCAAUGGGAUACGAAAGUAGUGCAGAAAGAUGGUCACCUGUACAAAGCGUAGAAAAAAUUCUUCUCUCUGUCGUUAGUAUGUUGGCUGAACCCAACGACGAGAGUGGUGCCAACGUAGAUGCAGCGAAAAUGUGGAGAGAAGAUAGAGCACAAUUUAACAAAAUUGCCGAGACAUUGGUCCGUAAAACUCUUGGUCUACCACCCUCCAAAUAUUUUGAUUAAUAUUUAUAAUACGGCAAUUCUGUGCAUCCAUCACACUUAAUUUAUUUUGUAUGGGUGGAAAACUAAGCAAUACAUAACAAUGAUGCCUUUUUAAGCUGCCUAGCUUUCGUGCUUAGAAUUCAAAUAAUAAUUACGCAAUAUAAUGUGAUACAUAGAUUUUGUACAGCUCUGUCGUUAAAUUUUAUAAAUAAGGACAUAAUUAUAAAAAUAAUUAUACUUGCUUUAAUUAUCAUUUUAACAAUUCUUAUAUAAUUGAUAUUAUAUAUAAAUUGUAGUAUUUUUGUGAUGUUACGAAUAUAAUUAAUUAUCCAUUUGUACCUUGAAUAUGUUAUGGAAUAUUUUAGAUUGUUAUCAGUUUUUAUAGAUAUUAGUAAAAAUGAUCAUCACAUUCAAA